GCUGAUGCCGGAGGGGCGGCCCCGGGCGUCUCCUCCCCCUUCCGGGCUCGGUCUGGCCGCCGCCGCCUGGGGCGAGCGGGGAGCGCGGCGCCCGCGAUGAGCUAGGGGCGGGCCGAGCCGAGCCGAGCGGCAGGCCCCGCUUCCGCCCCGCGCCCCGGGACCAUGCGGCUCCGCAUCUACAAGCGCAAGGUGCUGCUGCUGCUGGCGCUGCUGGUGGCCGCCUGCGGCCUGGCGCUCUGGGGCAGCCACGGCCGCCCGCGCAAGCCCGAGCCCGGCGAGCCGCCCGCGCCCCGCGCCGCCAGCCGGGCGGCCGAGCUCGCCGCCUCCGCCGCCGGCCGCCGGGCCGCCAACGCCUCGGCGCCGCCGCCGCCGCCCAGGGCCGAGCCGGCCAACCGGACGCUGGGCUACCGCUCGCUCUUCUACCAGCUCAACUUCGACCAGCCCGUGCGCAACCUGGCGCGCUUCCCCCGCCGCCCGCCCGGCGAGCUGGUGCUGGUGGUGCAGGUGCACGAGCGGGCCGAGCACCUGCGGCUGCUGCUGGACUCGCUGCGCCGGGCCCCGGGCGUGGAGCGCGCGCUGCUGGUGCUGAGCCACGACCUGUGGUCGGAGGAGCUGAACCGGCUGGCGGCGCAGGUGGAGUUCUGCCAGGUGCUGCAGAUCUUCUUCCCCUUCAGCAGCCAGCUCUACCCGCGCGAGUUCCCCGGCCACGACCCCCGCGACUGCCCGCGCGACAUCGACCGGAGGGCGGCGCGGCGCCUGGGCUGCAUCAACGCCGAGUUCCCGGACUCCUUCGGCCACUACCGCGAGGCCAAGUUCUCCCAGACCAAGCACCACUGGUGGUGGAAGCUGCACUUCGUGUGGGAGCGGCUGCGGGCGCUGCGGGAGCACACGGGGCUGGUGCUCUUCCUGGAGGAGGAUCACUACCUGGCCCCCGACUUCUACCACGUCCUCAAGCAGCUUUGGGCGCUGAAGCAGCGGGAGUGCCCGGAGUGCCAGGUCCUCUCCCUUGGCAGCUACAACGUCGUGCGGGGUGGCUUCUCCGGCAAAGCCGACAAGGUGGAGAUGAAGACGUGGAAGUCCACCGAGCACAACAUGGGCAUGGCCUUCAGCAGAGACACGUACCAGCAACUGAUCGAGUGCACGGAUGCCUUCUGCACGUACGACGACUACAACUGGGACUGGACGCUGCAGCAUUUGACUAUCUCUUGUCUUCCAAAGUUCUGGAAAGUGCUAGUACCCGAAAUCCCCAGGGUUUUUCAUACAGGGGACUGUGGCAUGCACCACAAGAAAUCCUGCAGACCCUCCACCCAGAGUGCCAAAAUCGACUCGCUCUUAAGCAGCAACCAACAGUUCCUGUUUCCUGAAACAAUGAGUGUCAGUAAAAGGUACUCCAUGGCACCUCUCUCCCCUCACGUGAAAAACGGAGGGUGGGGAGAUAUUCGAGACCAUGAACUCUGUAAAAGUUAUCGCAGACUGCAGUGAAAAUCAAACUCUCAAAUAGCCUCUCUUGUGAAUUAUUCCAUACUGUCUUAUGGACAAAAGUGUAUAAAAGGGUUUAUGGAUUGGUUUCUGCUUUAAGAUGAAUAAACAUUCUUGUAAAAGGUG